AUGUCACAAUCAGACUACGACAAUGCGCUGGAUACCAGCGACGCAACUUUGGAAGAUGCUAAGUUCGAAAAAGUGCUUGGCUCCCUCCAGCUCGCCGCCCAGGAUGCUAAAGACUCCGGUGACUUCUUAUCAUACUCUACAGUAUUGGAUAUCUACUUGAGCGACCCUUCUCGCUAUACCAUUGAAGAGAGAGAGGAAUUGCUCUCACAUGUGUUGGCUAUUCUUUCUGAAGACCUGGACCUUGUUUAUGAAAUCGGCUGGGACUUGCCGUCUCUCUUUAUUCCAUUCCUUGAUUCAGAUUAUGAUAUGAGUGGACCCAUUAGACUGGUUCCUUGUGCCUACAAGGUUUUGAAGCUUUUCGAGUUGUUAGCACAUGAUGGAAACCCCAAGGAGUUAUUUCUUAAAUGUACGGAGUUGCUCAACUCCAUCAAGGUCACGGACCACGUGUCCAACAACCCCGAGGUAGCACAUAAGUACUACGACAUCAAAGUCUACUGUAUUUUCGAGUUGAUCGACAGCUGUUUGCGCAGAAUCCACACGAUGUUCCCUCUGCGUUUCUUAGGGAUGACCGUGACCAGCUUUAUUAACUCCAUCUACCUCAAUCCACUGAAGAGUCUCACCGAGGCAGCGUUCAUCUGGAAGAGGUUGUACACUUUUGCUCGUAACUACACGCGACCACCAUUACCUGAGAAGAUCGAUGUGACUCCUGAAGAGUUGGCCAAAAUCAACGAAGACGAGGACUACUUGCAGCGCAAAUUGUUGACCGGUUUCCUCACCGAGGCAAUCAAUUUGGUGUUGCGUUACCUGAUCCUCGGCUUCUCCGUGGCCUACUUCAAUGUGCUACUACAGAAUCUGCCCGCCGAGUCCAAACUGGCCAAUGACUUUGUGUUGGGAAUUCCCGUGCUUGACCGCUUGUAUGAAUUGGCUUUGUCUUUCGACUUGAACUUGGAGAGUGCAUUCGCAGGCUUUCUAGACUCAACCGAUAAGCUCUUGGAUUUCACCAUGGAGUCUGGAAAGCUGGAUGAUGAUAUCACUGGCGAAUUGUUUGAAAAAUUAGUGGUGGACUACCAGAAGACUUUUGCUCACUCCUUGGUGGACACGCUGGCAAACGAGGUGACCGACUCGCUCGGAGGUUCUUUGAAUCUCUACGUCUACUCUGUUGCGUCCCAGAAUCAGUUCGACAAGAUCGACAUUUCUAUUCCGCAGGCCAUUGCUAUUGGUCUUCGCUUGGUUAUACCAGGUCUUGUUCACUCCACAUUCUGCAACAGAGGUCUCCACGAUUUGUCUGUUUUGUGCUCAUGGAUCGCCAUUCUGUCUGCUGACAAGAGAACCGUGGAGGUCGAGCUUGCCAAGAUCCCCAGCGUCAUUCUACGCUCCUACUACCAGGCUAUUUUGUUCACGAUAAUCUCGAGCUCCUCGGAUCUGUUCUUCCGUUAUAUUACCUUGACCUUGUUGACAAAAUACUUAUCGUUGUCACCUGAAGCAGUCACUUACGACUUUCUUAUGAACUGCUUAAAGGAAUGUCCGUACGAGAAUGUUAAGGCUGCGCUCGUAGGUGUUUUCAAGGAGUUGGUUACCAAGGACAAGAUUCAGGAGGAUGCUUUAGUAGAUUCCUUGAAUAAUCUCUCGUUAUCGAAGGAUACGCCUGCUCCUCCUCCAUUGCCUGCCAGAGAUACAGUAAAGAAGACCAAGUAUAUCACAUUAACUCCUGAGCGGCUGAAAGAGCUCUUCGAUGUGAUCUACGAAUAUGUCGACCUGACCUUUGUCGAUGACGAGUCUGGACCAACAUUGAACCUGGGGACUGUUCCUACAUUGCAGGCUUCGUUGAACCUCUUGAUCUUGCUCAAGCGUGACCUGCUUGUUCUGCAAGAGCAAGUUAGAAAGUUGACAGACGUUGUGCUGGACAAGGCCGGGGCCGUGGACAAAAAGUGGAACGGAGAUUCGUCCCAAGCGGCUCUCCUCAAUGCUACAGGAAUUAUUAAGAUCACCAUUGACAGACUUAAGGAAUGA